CGUCGUCGGCACCAGCAGCAGCAUCCAUCCAUCCAUCCAUCGCAUCGUCACACUCGUGUUCCGAACUCGCUUUCGACUCAUAGACACGAUGAGCGAAGAAGAGCAGCGCUCGACGCCGGUGAGCAAGGACUCGAACAUCUCGCUGCUGUUCACCAAGGACGGGCAGACGUACUUUGUGGACAACAGCGGCGGCCUGGAGAGCAGAAACGCGGCGGCGGCGGCGGGGACGGCGGCGUCUCAGGAGCUCGACGCCGGCAACGUGCUGCCGCUGGACGCGGAGGACCCGGACGAGGAGAGCGACGUCCUGGACACGUCGGACCCACGCGACAGCGCCGCCAGCCCGGAGGAGCUCAACGACGAGGACGCGUUCGGCGACGGCGAGAACGUGACGAAGACGUGCACGUACGAAGGCUGCACGGAGACCACGACGCAGGUGGCCAAGCAGAGGAAGCCGUGGAUGUGCAAGAAGCACCGCAACAAGAUGUACAAGGACAAGUACAAGAAGAAGAAAAGUGACCAGGCCAUGUCCUCCGGCAAAUUAGACGACGGCGCGGAGGAGAGACCAGUCUCCGUUACCAAGCAACGGCUGGGAGACCGCCUGGGAGACCGACCCGCGAGACCGUCGCUCAUCGAGCAGGUCCUCAACCAGAAGAGACUGUCUCUGCUGCGCAGCCCGGAGGUCGUGAGCUUCCUGCAGCAGCAGCAGCGGCUGCUGACCCAACAGAGCCGCACAGCGGUGCAGCAGACCUUCCAGGGCUGCUGAUGUGGACAGGGACUGCACCCUGGGCCCAGAGAUCAACUUGACCUCACGCGCAGUGCCAGGUGACAGUGUGGAUUCAGCACAUUUUUUAAAGCCUGCAGCGCUCUGGCCCUUGAGGAUCUCAGCUGGACACAAAAAUCUGCCAUAAAUCCAUGUGGUCCUGGAUGGACAGAGACUGGGCUUUUUACCUCACUCGAUAGCCUUACAAGAAGUGCACCAGGAAGUGGCGUUCUGGUCAAGGGCAUGGUAUUAUGGUUGGAGGGUGUGUUUGUGUCUAGUCCAUCACUGUGAAAUGAAAUGCUGUGUGCGCUCUGCUGAGCCUUGUCAGAGUUUUAGAUGAUUAAUUUGUGUCAAGAACAAAAAUGUCACCAACAGAUGCACUGAAGUGCUUAGGAAAAAAAGCCAGCAGGUGGCACCUACCAUGCAGUCAGUAUUGUGUGAAAGUCAGUUUUAAGAAUUCUACAUUAGAAAAUAAAUCAGGUCAAUUAAUGUGCAUUUUAUUCUUAAGUUUUUGAGGCACUUACUGUUAUUUUAUGGUUUACCAUUUGCUCCCCAUCAGAAUUUGUCAUUCUAUGUAAAUUAUAUUGCUGCCUAUAUGGCCAAGGAGAGAAAUAGUCCAGACUGCUCAUGAUCACUGAAAUAUGACAGUUCCUUGACUACCUAAUCAUGUGAAAUUGCAGUACCUACAUCAUGUGUUCUUUGUUGAAAUGAACUACUUUGUGCAAGCUUUCAUAAACGACCAGUAAACAAUGGAUGUAUACUGACCUGUCUAUUACUGAUAUCAAAGGAUCUCUGGAAUGUCUGAAGUUAUUUCACACGAGAAAAACUUACCACCUUAAAUUUUAAUACAUAUUCAACUACUGCAUAACCCUAGACACCACAAGGUUUUUCCACUUCAAACUUUUGUAGAAUAACUGGCUCAUUCCUGAAGAAAACUGGCACAUAACUUUAGGGGCUUGUGCUUUCACCGCCUUGUGAAUCGUGUCACUUUAGAUACAUUUCAACAAUGAGGCUGUGGUGUUUCACUCUAGCCACUGUAGUGGCUAAACCUCAGAUCUUUGCCAUGUUCAAUUUAAGCUAGUAGUAAAUUGAAAUUUCACCUCUAAAUUUAGGGCAGCUGCAAGUAUAAAAGUAAGUGGAACAAAAAUGUAUCUACACAAAUAUAUACUUUACAAACCUUUAGUAAGUAAUACCACAAAGACACUACAAUAUUACACCAAAUGUAACAAAAAAUAAACUAGGUCACACCUCAAACCAAUGUCAUUUUCAGAGGAUCUACCUAGCUAAUGCUGUGCUGCACAGCUCUGUUCUUUACGGGCAGCACAUUCCCACUCUGAACCAAAAAAGAAAACCACUAGGUCUAGCUUUGGUAAUUCUAGUCCUUGACAGGUGCAGUCAAAGUUUUGCAGUGUGCUUGCCAUGUCUUACUGGUUCACCAUGAAAUUCCAAGUGAGAUGUGUUUUUGAGAUGUCCUGUACCAUAAUGCUCACAUUAAACAUAAAGGAGCGUCAAUAUAGUGCUCUCAGUGUAAUAACCCAGCCCAAUACAAUACUUGGCUAAUAAACUCCUACCCAGA